AUGGGCGCAGCUCCAUGUGCUCCCAUUUAUAUCGAUAUUCGACAAUUUGAGCACUUUUUACCUGAAGGCUGGUUAAAGGCAAAAUGGAAACGAUUGUAUGAUGGGGCUAUGGAAGAUAUUGAAGAACAGGAAAGAUGGAAAUUUGAAGGACAUCAUUUAAUUCCGACGGCAUCUAAUUAUAAUUAUAUUUAUCAUUUAAAUCCGCCGCCAAGUAAACUUGGAUUGACAAAUAAUCCAAUUUUAGAAUUAAUCGAUGCCGGAGCAGCUAAUGACCUGCCCUUAUAUCCAUUGGUUCACCCAAGUAGAAAAGUGGAUAUUAUCAUAGGUUUUGAUAGUUCAAGUCAAAUUAUUAAACAUGAAUAUUUUGAACAAGAGCAAUUACUUUUUACAUCACGAAAAGGAAUAACAAAGGUAGCUCGUGAUGUGGAAAAUAAAUACUGUGAAAUUUAUGAUUAUAUCCCAACCGGAUCGAGUGAUGGAUAUACAACACCGGCUGCUCAUCCUUGUACAUUUUGUUAUUUACCUUAUUUACCUAAUGAUAAGGUCGAUAAAAAUUUCGUACCUAGUACCGCUAAAUUCGCUUCUUUUGCUAAUUUUACUUAUACUCCUGAACAAAUUGAUUUGAUGGCGAGUUUGGCGAAACAAAAUUGGCUAGAAGUUGAAGAAAAAGUUAAAGGCGUCAUUAUUGAUGCUUGGAAGAAGAAGAGGGAUGCAAGAUUAGGAUGA